CCUGGUGCAAAGAGGGAAGCCCACUAAUAAAUUAAAAUUUUCGACCGUUGGAUAUACUUUCUCUCUCUUCCGCUCUCUACUCUCUCUCUACUGUUUCUCCAUCUUCUCUGUGAAAACCCCCCAAAAUUCGUACUGCCACUAUCAUCUUUUGCUAAUUAAUUACUCAAUUUAUCUGCAAGUUCUUCUAUCUAUAUCCUAAAAUCUCUGGAUGGGGAAACGAAAAUCUCCAAACAAAGCCUCCGAUCGCGAAAAGAAAUGGGAUAAAGUGUUCAACGCGUUAGUGAAAUUGUCGCAGAAUCUUCAGAAUGAUCGGCAGUUUCUUGAAGAUAGAGUCAAAUCGUUGAACGGAGUUAUUUAUAUGAUGAAGAUGGAGAAGAAAGUCGAGUCUGCGAAAACGGAACUUAUGUUGGGUUUGAAGGAGAGGGAUGCUUUAGUUUACAAGCAUAGAUAUGAGCAAACCGACGAUGUUAUUGAAUGGUUUCACUGUCUCGCUCAGAAAUGUCCGGACCCUAAAGAUGUAUCAGAUGAUGUUAGUAAUAAAAGGGAUGGCUCGAGGAACAAGGCACUUCAAGAAGAAGUGAGGAAGCUGAAAAGUGAACUCGAGAAAUGUAAAUCGGAGAAAAAAUCUGAGGUCACUGCUCUCUUAGCAGAGAAGAGCUUUGUCUGGAACCAGUUGAAAAUUAUGGAGAACGAUUUCGCCGAACAAUUAAAGAAGAAACGCGUUGAAGUUCAACACGCAAACGAAAGGGCACAGGCACUUGUUAACAGAGCAGAGGAAUUGCAAAUCUCGAAUGAAAAGUUAAGAACUGGCUUAACCAAGGUGGAAUCCGAGUCAGUUCAAAAGAGCGAGGAAAUAAUCAGACUUUCGAAGGAAAUCGAGCUCUUAAAAUCGUCAACACCCUUACUGCGAUCUUGCAGAACAGAGGCGAACAAAAUCGGAGGAGGAACGAAUAGUACUGCUAAUCGAAGGGUUGUUACAGUGAAGAAAGAAUCAGAUCCUUCACAAAACAUUGAGAAGAUGUCUCGUACUAAAAGAAGUGCGCAUAAGUCGACUGGAGGACAAGCUCCUAAGAAGCAAUUCAUGAGAAAGGAAAGCAGUAGUUCAAGUUCGAAGAGAAAAUUAGUUGAUGAUGAUACUCCGAAACUAUUCACCUCGUCCUUCAAAGUACCUAAAUUGAAGUCUACUUCGUCUCUACAAAUAGGUUGAGAAACUCCCACUUCUGUGUGUACAUUCUUUUGCUUCUGAUCCACCGAUAAUUUGCGUGCGUUAAUUAUUUAAUUUUAUUCGUAACUUCUAAUACUGCACACAUUUAAUUUGCGUGUAUAAUUUAAUUCAUUUGUAGGCGUCGGGUAUUCGUGUGUAGUUUGUUUGUGUAAAUUUCUUGCACAGUUGUGCUCUUGUGUUUGGAAAAUUCAAUUUCCAUUGGAUAUAUUAGUGGCUAAAUGUUCAAAUUUGUUGUAACAGUUUGCAAUUAUUGGAUUUAAUACAGCCUCGGUUGAUUUUUUUUC